GGGGUCUCCAAGAUGCCCUCCUGGAGACCCCGAGGAGGCCAGAGUCAUUGAUCUUCCUCCGGUGUUUGAAAGGUUUUGAGGUUUUCAACUGUUCGUGCCAAGAAGCCUCGAAGAGGCCUUCCGUAGCCAUUUUGGCUCAAGAGGCAGCCAGAAGCAGAUCAAGAGGCCACGUUCGCGCCCAGGUGGGCAGGCGUCGCGAAAUGUGUUCCUCGAUGCUCUCCCACGCAUGGCCGGCCCGUGCGAAGGGGAACCGCUCCUCGCCGUUCCGCCAGGGCUAGAGAGUGUGAGGGUUGGCGUGGAGAAGACCUUCAUUCACGUUGACGAGGAGGGCACCCGCUCGUUCGACCACGUCAGGAAGAACGCGGAACGCACAUUGGGUGAAGGCGACCACCAUUGGCAGCUGUGCCACGAGGUGCUGAAACCCGAGGCUGACGGUGGCGGCGGCGGCGGCCUGCCCGCCAGCCUCUUGUUCUCCGCGCCGGCGCGCAGCCCGUUCGCUGCGACGUCUGCGGCCCAAACGCGCGUCGAAGGGCUGAAGGCCGAGAGGCGCAGGCACGCUGAUGAGCUGAUGGCGCUCUUCAGGAUGUGCGGUCCGGAGAUGACGGUGCCGGAGUUCCAGAGGCUCCAGGCAAAGGACGAGUUUGUGGAGCUCAUGCGCAAGUACAACAUUGAGGACAACGUCAAGGAAGUAGACGAUUCUGUCGAGCCGUGGGCGUACAAGUUCCUCGGCGGCGGCGGCCAGGCGGGGGGCGCGGAGGCGCCGGGCAGGCCGCGCGGCGAGGACGACGGGGGCGUGGCGCUCGGCCGCUCGUUCUUCGAGCAGGUCAUGGCUGCCGGGAGAGGGACGGACAUGUUUGCAGGCGACGGGCGGUUGAAGACCGAGUCCCUGAAGGCCUGCUGCGCGAUGGCCAUGGUGCACAGGAUGAGCUACCCCAGUGCGGGCGAUUGCAAGGAUGCUACAACGAAGCUGUGUGAGCCUUGCGGCUACUUCCACAAGAAGUGGUCUGUGAUCGAUGAGAGCAAAGGCGACCGCUGCUCCAAGGGGGUCGACUGCCCUUUCUGCCACGUGUGCUCCACGGCCGACCGGAACAGGUUCAAGAAAGCCAACCAGAAAGAUAGAUGGAAAGCCAAGCACGACACCAAGCAGACGCGCUGAGAGGCUUGGCCGACAACAGCAGCGUGGUUUUCGGUGACCCCUAGCAGCGCCCGCCCCGAAAAAGGAAAAAACAAAGCAAGAGAAGCAUAAAAAAA